CGAUAACAAAACAUCGCCACCGUGCGACAAUAGAAUGUUAUAAGACACCGAUCCACGUCCUAUCUGCCUUCACGGUAGGGUCGUAUCCAGAGAAUUUUGAAGAGUGUCUAGGACGAAAGCCCAGACAGCCAACGUUGGGAAAUACUUGUCUCGUUUCAAACAGGGAUAUUAUGAAUAAUUCGCUUAUCAGAAGGUGUUUGGAAUAAACUGUCGAUUUUCAUGUCAACUUUCAUGAUAAGCACAAUAAAAUUUAUGAUUGCAAAGUUAAAAAAAAUGUUGUACACUGAUAGCUUGGGCAACUAACAUUAUUUAGCGGAUUAAGAUUUAUUUCAGUGUUAUUUUAACAUUGAAUUUUCAUGUGUGAAACUUUCUAUAGUGAUCUACCAUAUAAUAAAUUAGUCUCUUUGUGUGAAAAUAUCAACCGUGGAAAUAUUGGCACAAGCAUAAGCGAAUUAAUCAGAAAAUGAAACUUUUCGCAUCAACUGACGGUUAGAAUGAGCUCCAAGCAUAAGCCACAUUGAUCGUAAACGGGACACUCGACUGUACAUUUUUCAAUUUCAUAUGAGUAUUUGCCGCUGAGAACAUUGUUUAAGGAAAUAUAACCUGGCUUUAAAGUGUUAAAAGAAUUGUGUAUCUUCAUGUUGUAAAGAAGAAAUAAUUUUAGUGUAAAAAUAAAACGGAUUAAUCCAGUAAAAUGGCGCAUUUCUGGAAUACUCGACCGAUAUCGGGAAAACACCCGGUAUACUUCAGACAACGGAACUACCGGGGCUCAAACCGCUUUAGCGAGCAUGACAAUCGUAACUCAUUCCAAAGCCACGGAGUUUACUUCGGAGAUGAAUAUUCACGUUAUUCUAUACGACCUGAAUGGAUGCAUUCCGCGGGCCAAAACACACGCCAGUUGGGUCGCAACCUGAUCGAGCCUCAUUUACGACAUCAUAACACAGGCACGGACUUUCUGAAACACUACGGACGAGAAGUCACUGACCAUGAAUAUCACAGCACAUACCAGAAGUCUUUCAAAGGCAUAGACAUCGAGGAUCCCCCUCGACAUCGCAGAUUCAGCAAGUCGUUACCACCUGCCGAGCCUGGUCCUGUUUCCUUGACAACGGCUACUACAGCCUGGAUACCCUCAGAAUCUUCCAGACAUAAAACUGACACUCAAGUGUUGGCGGUUAGCCAAGAACCGUUCUUAAAGCAUAAUCCUUGGAAAUAUUCGUACCAUUCAAAGCGAAAUGUUUACCCACCGUACGAGCGCCGCUCUGAACCAGUUAUUGACAAUAUGCUUAACAGAUAUGGGGCGAAUUUCAAUGCAAGUUCCAACUUUAACUCUACAGGUUUCAGUGGACUUAGUCCACUAGAAACAACCGGGUGUAGUUAGACAGAUAGAAGACAAACAACUUUUCAAGAAAUACAACAAUCAAAACUAAUGGUAUUGUAUUGAACAUAGGAACAAAAAUGUUAUCACAAAAACUGUGUUGUCUGUUACGACAGUGUUAAAAAUAAAUUAUUUUUUCUGUAAGUUUUA